AUGGUGGUGGCUGUCGCACACCUCUUCCGCCACGGGCAACGCUCGCCGUACCCGCCGCCGCUGAGCGAGUCCGCCGCCGGGCCGAGCAUAUGGACGUCGCGGCUGAGCCCGCCUGCUGAGUCGUGGAACUUGACGGCGUCUGCCUUUGACGCGCAGCAUCUGACACCGCAUGGCGCAGCGCUGCUCCGACACCUGGGCCAAUAUUUGGCGGUCGACUAUCGCUACCCCGACCCGUGCGCGGCAGACGUGACGCUGAUAGCCGACGGCACCUCCUUCCGGGACGUCCAGUCAGCUAGGGCCUUUGCCGGUGGCUUCUUUGGCCGCCGCUCGUGCUCGGCCGCGCGGGCCGCCGCAAUCGUGGAGGCGACGGCAGCAGCGCAGCCGCUGCUGCUUCCCCUCGUCUCGGACGACGUCGAGGCCGGCUGCGCCGGGCCUAGCGAGGCCGACGUGCUCCGGUCCUUUGGGGGCGACGUAGACGCGCUGGCGGCGGCGUACAAGCCUCAGAUCGACCGCGUCGGAUCAUUGCUCGGCUGCUGCUCCGCUGAGGCGGUCUCUGGCGUGGAGCCGUUUGCGUGGGGCGAGCUGACGCUGUCCGAGCUCUCGGAGCUGUACCGCGUGCACCAGCGGGUCAUGUGUGUGGUGUUGGGGGGCAGGACGACGCACCUGGCGGGAGGCUCCUUCCUCUCCUUUGAGCUGAGGUACGAUGCGCCCACCUCCGUCGCCCCCGACCCCGACGGCGGGUGGCGUGUCGUCGGCUUCUUCACGGCGGCGACGGUGCUGCAGCAGCGCCGGAGGACCCCGCUCGUGCCACCUCAUCCGCCGCCGGGGCGAGCGACGGUGCUCGACGUGCCCUACUCACAGUUCCGCGACCUCGUGCUCGCUGCCGUUGACCCGCGCUGCGUCCUGCAGCCGCUGCGCGACACAACCGCGCGCUUGCGGGACCGCGCGCCGCCGCCGUCCUCCCCGCUCGACAGCACCCCCGCCGUACUCGCGGCAGCCGUCGUCGGUUUCGCUUGCUCUCUGUGCGGCGUCCUCAUGGUUCGAGUUAGCCGUCCUUACCUCCAGAUGCCUUGACGCUUGAUUUGACAAAGUGCGGGGCCGCCGGGAGGGGCGCAGCGUUCGUAGCUCAACACACAACAGUGCAGGUUGGCGCUGCUGAGGACUCUUUACUUAGCAGGGCACGUACGGCUUUAGAGUAGUGAAACUGAAACAUGAGGAGGUUGUGCUCUUUAAUCUUGGAGCAGAGCACACCUUGGUGGGCCGGAGGCCGGGGCGGGAGUCACCGGGAGAGUCACCAGUCCCCAGUCGCCAGUGGCCAGUCGAGUGCGAUCCGCUUAAACGGUAAUAUUAUACCCCA